UUCCGAGAGCCAUAAACACCUCUGAAAUCACUCAGUCCAUCUUGUCAAACAACAGCAAACUCGACUUCUUCAUCAUGAGUGGCGACGUCAAUUCAGCAACGGAAUUGGUCAGCGGUAUUGCAUCUAUUCUCAACUACGAUGCAACUACGAAGAACAGCUCGGAAAGUGAGAUAAUUGAACGAAAACAGGCGCGCUCAGCCAUUAUCACCAAGAUAUCCCAAUUGCCAGUUUUUACCCUGGAAGAAGUCAAGCAAAUCGCUUGCAGCAUCGCUGAAACCGCUCAAGUCAAACAGGAAGUCGAAGUUAAUGCACAGGUGGUGGCCACAAAUAAAACCGACUUUAUGACAAAGUUUCUUGUCGAGAAAUCGCUUGAGGACGUUGGGGUUUCGGUGAUAAAAGACGCUUGCAAAGACUUGGUGACCACAGCCAGCAACAUCAUAUGGUCAGCGGCAUACACUGCAGAAUUUGGAAAGGAGAAUAUAUCAACAAGUGACAAAGAUACGGGUGAAAAGGUCGUCAAUAAGAACAUGGCUACACUGGACUACUCUUUACGAGCAAUCUUCAACAAAAUUGCGGUUGGAGAAAGCGAUACUGUAAUCCAGACYACGAGCACAGGACUUGCCUGCAGACGCACCMAACCAAAGCAACUUGGAGGACGACCUAUCGCCAUCAAUGGCGCACAAGUUGUGUUUCCUGGGUCUGAGAUUCUACUGCAUGGCGUCAAUACAUCAUUUGCAGAUGUCCAAAUGUUGACGUUACCUGACAAUCCUUACACGUGGGACAAAACAAGCCCACAAAUCAAGUCCUCCAUCGUGGAACUACGGAUCAAGGACGACGMGGGACGGACAAUCAAAGUGGAAAAUCUCCCGGAAGACAUCGACAUUGUCAUCAGCGACGUCAAAGAACCGCCAUCAAAGGACCCACCGGUGUAUUACAAGAAGGGAGACAAUCGCACAAUGCAGUAUCACACCAUAACACACGCUACGAAAGGAGCAACGAUUCGACUAGGCAUUCAUCCAAYAAACGAGUCUGAUUUCUUCGCCGCUUUUAUCAAGUACGGCACGCGACCAACUGUSGAUGACUACGAUAUGAAGUGGGUUUUUCCUAACUACACGUCGUGUGUUCUUAACAACAUGAUGAAACCAGUCAACUGUAGUGAAGAUCCUUAUCAAAUCUACAUCCCCAGUGAGUCGUUGACUCAACUGGGUUACUACUUCGUGGGUGUGAAACUUGAGCAUCAACCCCACGAGGAAGUCAAAGACAGACAGAGAAGAGACUGUGCACCUGGUCGAAGGGUCAAGAGGUCGUGUAUUAAGUACAAGGACCCCCCGUCGCCUUUACCAGACAAUGGAGCGUACGAAGCUUUCGUCCAGUCGUUUAACGAACGAACAGAUCGUAAUUAUAGUAUGGACAGCAUGAGCGUUGGAUGUAGUUAUUGGGACGAGUCGGCGAGUACUUGGACMACUGAAGGAUGCAAGGCCCGUCGACGAAAGCAGUCUUCCCGCCUUUUGUCAUGUGGUUGUAGUCACAUGACUGCGUUUGGCGGGAGCUUCUUAGUGGCCCCCAAUCCCAUCGACUUAGACAAGGUCUGGGUUGGCUUUCUCACACCCGAGGACAACAUCCCGGUAUACGUUACCAUGGCAAUUGUCUUCUUGAUCUAUAUAUUGGCUGUUAUUUGGGGAAGAAGGGCGGACAAACGAGACCGACAAUCUCAGGAUGGUGUAAUUAUAAUGACAAGAAUACAAAGCAACAACGUCAAACCCUACAAGUACCAAAUCACUAUUUACACUGGUAAUGGUCGCGGUGCAGGCACAACGGCCAAWGUCUCGGUGAUUGUGGUAGGGGAGAAUGGRACGAGUGACGUCAUACCCAUCAGUGAUCUCACAAAGGCCAAAUUCAAUCGAGGAUCACAAACACGAACCAYGGUCUACCUCCCUGUGAAAUUAGGCCCUUUGCUUUACAUCCAAAUAUGGCACGAUAAUGGAGGAAGCAGCCCGGCGUGGUUCCUUAGCAAUGUCAACAUCCGGGAUGUGCAAGAGAACGAGGAGUGGGAUUUUGUCUGUGAUAAGUGGCUGGCAGUGGAAACGGCUGAUUGCCGUAUAGAUGCUUUGCUUUACGUUGCCAACCCUAAAGACUACAACAGCUAYAAGCGUAUUUAUAUCACMAAGACUUCUAGAGACCUGUACGACGGUCAUUUGUGGUUCUCCGUGGCAGCCAAACCACCAACAAGUCAUUUUACUCGAGUUCAACGAAGYUCAUGUUGUUUGUCGCUUCUCUUCUGCACCAUGAUGACAAAUUGUAUGUUUUAUAACAUUACCAACGAGCCAGAUAGCACUGUUGUCAUCAUCGGUCCUUUUAAAGUCUCUCUUCGUGUUUUUGUCAUAGGAAUUCAAAGUAGUCUUAUCGUAUUCCCGAUAAACUUCCUGCUGACAUUUCURUUUCGAAAGUGCACCGAGUYAGGUGAUCCCAAGAAGCUUUCCAAGAAAGCAACAGAGAAAGUYGAGCCAGGUCCMUUUAUGCAUCUCGAGUGUUGUAAAAACGAAAACAAGUCAUUAAGAAGUAAAUGCGGAGAGCUUUUUAACAACCGUACUUUAUAUUACAUAGCGUGGGUAUUGUGUGUUCUGACAAUUUCUACUUCCUUCACCGUCACCAUGAUGUAUACUCUACAAUGGAGCAAGGAAACCUCGGAAAAAUGGCUMAUCUCGUUUCUAACCUCAUUCUUUCAAGAUGCACUCAUCACACAGCCCGUCAAAGUCUUCGCAAUAGCAGCAUUAUUAGCAUUUAUCAUCAGAGAAAGAAAACAAAGCGAGAAAAAGAACAAGUAUCGAACACUGAAAAAUGCCAGAGAAGAAGACCUUAUCAGUAUUGAUAUGAGCUCCGACGCGAGCCAUUCAGGCGAUAAGGGGAUCAAAUACAGAGGYAGACCUCCYAACAGAAAGAUACUYAAAAAUGCACGACUMYUGAGACUGAAAGAGAUGAAUACUUAUGGCGUUGUCAGAGAUGUCGUCGGGUAUAUUGURUUUAUGGUCUUGUUAAUGACAUAUGCCUUCGGCCAUAUGGAUCCGUUGUCUUUUGAGUUUACUAAACAGGUCGGGGAUUUAUUUAAGCCUCAGUUGAAACACAACAGCAUUGAUGCAUACUGGAAAUGGAUGGCAGAUGUGGUGGUUCCCCAUCUUUUUGCUGGAAAAUGGUACAAUGGCCAAACUCCUGGUGAAAACGAACAAGAUUUAAUCUACGAUCGAGCGUCUGUGCUUGUAGGAAUGGCCAGACUACGCCAGCUUAGGGUGAAGGAAGAAAAGCAUGACRCAAUAAACCCUUGGUCUCGAGCAAGCUAUGACUCCUACAGUAUCCUAAAUGAAGACAAAGACUUCUAUCAGCCAAAGUGGAAGCCAUUAUCCCCAGGCAUGACAAAGUACAACGUUACAUUACAAGUUUGUCCUCUUCAUUGGAGGUACCAAGACCAACUCGCCCUGGACGGAAUACCAUUCUGGGGACGAACAGAAUUAUACUCAGGGGGUGGGUACGURGCAGACCUUGGUUAUUUCAAAGAAAAGGCGUACCCUGUUCUCACUGAAUUGUCYAGUAAAAACUGGYUGGACAGACGAACCAGAGCCUGCUUCCUGGAAUUUGUUAUUUACAAUGCUCAAAAGAAYUUAUUUAGUGCGGCGACUAUACUCAUUGAGUUUCUUCCAACUGGUAGUCUUUUACCAUACAGUAGGAUAGAUACGCUAAGGRUAUACCGGUACGUAGGAAAGUACUCCGAUAUUUUYAAAGUUACGGAGAUGGUUAUCGCGCUGGUGAUGGUAUUCCUGUUGUACAAGCUUGUMAAGAAUAUUUACAAACAAAGAARRAGCUUCUUCAAGUUUUUCUGGAACUGGGUUGAUUUCCUUCAAGUAGUUUUUGGUCUCGUAGCGAUAACUUUGUAUUUUGUGAAAAUGGUCGUGCUUAAUAAGACAAUGGAUGAUCUUAAAGAAAACCCGUUUGUCUUUGUGAACUUCCAGUAUACAAUCUUCUUGAAUGAAGUCAAUAAUUACUUCGUGGCCGCGGUUGUGUUUUUAACUACCCUCAAGUUCCUGUGCCUACUGAAAUACCAAAGUUAUAUCAAACUCCUGGAGCACGUGUUUGCAAGUUUUGCAUACAACAUGAGUUGGUUUAUGUUGGAGUUUCUGCUAUGGUUCAUGCCGUUCGUACUAUUUGCUUAUUUUAUUUUUGGUCCGCACUUGUAUCAGUACAGUACAGUGGUAUCGGCGUUUGAAAGCACKUUGAAUUCUCUACUSGGAGCUAAAUCAUUUUACCAAUUGGAAGAGACAGAUCACCUAAUGGGACCAAUACUGUUCAUUGGGUUUAACCUCUUAAUGGUGCUUGUUCUUCUUAACAUCUUCAUUGCGAUUAUCACAUCGUCUUUUAAUCGUGAACUCGACGAUGAAUUCACACGACAAACCAAGCCGGAAAUCAUGUUAAUAUUCAACCAACAGCUACAAAGAUUAUUUGGCUUUGAUUUGAGGAGGAAUACRCCACCUCCUCCGUUGAUAUUCGACRACACGGACACCGAAACCUCAAAUACCGAGGAUGAAGAAGUCUCCAAAGACGUACUAUCUCCCAAAUGUGUGCAUCGCAUGAAGAAUCGCAUGAAGAAAAAGAAGGAAAGAAUUAUGGAGUCUAUUAAUGACGAUAUAGUUUGUAAGAUUGAUCGAAUAGACAGCAAGGCGUCGAAAAUACUGACCAUGGAAGAACUCGAGAACAGACUUUACGAACUGGUAAUGGUGGCAAACAAAAUGAAACGUUUGAAAAUUCAUUUUAGAGAAUUAUCAAACACCUGAUUUGUCGCUCAUUGUUACCUUCUCCUUCGUUUUACCYUUUUGGGGUCAUUCAGGUAUCCUUUUGGGUGUCAGUCUCCCUCUCCCUGAGUAGGACAGGAAGCCCAAGAGUAUAAAGAAAAAGAGCGUUAAGGGAGAGAGGCGUCUGUAGAGGAAGCGAGUAUUGCUCCAUUGGCUGGGCAUUCCACCUAAGCGUACAGAUUAGAUAGGAAUGGAUGCAAAAGGUGAUGAAMAUUUCGCAUUCAAGUCAUUUCCAUUCAUGAAAACGCACACCAUGGCGGCCAUUUAGGAUAUAAUACAAAACAAACGAGUUAAAUGGAGAUUGUUUCGUUAUCUUCGUCCAACAUGGCAGCUUUGAAGAAACGCACAUCACGAAGUUUCAUCAAAAGUCGUAACACUUAUGGUAUCUAAGGAUUUUUUUUUCCUGCAAUGACGUCUUCGAAAAUUCAUUAUGACUCACGCUUCACCUGCGUGUACAUUGACGUAUUCUAACUAUACUGCCAGUCACGCGAGGACAUGCUGUCACGCAAAGUGCCUACGUCAUGCGAGUCUCGUCACCAGUCACGAUAAUCGUGACAUUUUGUCACGUUAUGACGUCAUUCAAUCACGCUCGGUCACGAUGGAGUAAUACUUACAGGGGUGGGAGUAAUACUUACAGGGGUGUAGUGGAGUUGUUUGUUUAUACCUUGUUGUGAUGGAAACCAUGGGUUUACAUCCCAAAUAAAUGUUCUUUUGCAAAGAAAAAUUUGAAAAAGAUAUAUUUUAUAUAUUUGUAUGAAAUCAAUUGAAUUUAUGAA